AUGGAGCCGGCUGUCGAGUCAUGGCGUCGGUCGCCGUCUCCUCGUUGGCGUCGAACGCCAUCUCCUCGUUGGCGUCGAUCACCUUCUCCUCGCAGAAUGGCUGUGCCUGCUUCACCUCCUGAUCGUCAUAGCGGCUCUCGCCGUUCAUCAGGUAAGGCGUUAUUCUCGUAUGUACUUGCGGUACUGGCAUUCGGUUUAUUAUCGUCACACUUUGAAGAGGAGAGGAAGUCUCGUAAGGAUUCGCCGUCGAUUAAAGGAAAGAACGCUCCCGAUUCACUGAAGAAGGGAUCUAUUACGAAUCUCAACGAAGACGAGCUAGAAAAGAUAUAA